CGAUUAAAAUAAACAAAAACAAGGAGGAGCGAUGAUAGAAGAGGAGGAAUAAACUUUAGAGGUAACCAGGGAGGGGCUCUGAGAAAAAAUAUAUAUCCAGGACACUUCCUCUAGUGAUCAGUCCAUCAGUCCAUCCUUUGGAAGCCGUCAACAUGAGAGCUAUUGUACUGAUGUGCCUGCUGCAUGCAGCCCUUGCUCGUUAUGAUGGGAAUCAUUUCGGCCAUUCAACAUCGAGUCCACCGCCCAAAGAAGGCAGAGAGUGUAUCACGGAUCAGGGUGCUUGUGGCUGCUGUGUGAUGGUGCAAGAGGUGAACAGGCUGACGACGUACUUUGAGACGAGCCUGAAUACGUUGGAGAUGGAGACAAUGCAAACAGCGCAACGUCUCAACAACAUCGAAGCCAGCCGCGUUGCCUUCUCUUCAUCUAUGAACAAUGCCGACAGAAUGACCUGCUUUGGCCCCUUCCCAGACAACAGGCUCGUCCCCUACGAUUAUGUCUUCAUCAACCUGGGUGAUGGCUACAAUGCGUCGACCAAUAUCUUCACUGCUCCGCACUCUGGUGUCUACAGCAUCGCCCUCACCAUCUACAGUGACGCUGGUUCUCCUGGUAACACCUUGGCCGCCUGCGCCAGUCUGCAGGUGAACGGCAAGGUAUUGGUCGGUUCCAGUGAAAGAAAUAAGCAAGACCAAGAGGACAGUGCCACGAUAGUUGUGGCCCUCCAACUGAAUACUGGGGAAGAGGUGGCUGUCAGGCUGUCUGCUGGAUGUUUCCUCUGUGAUGACAAAAACCACUAUAACACUUUCAGUGCCUUUCUGCUCUAUCCUACUCCAUAAAUGAUAAAGCUGUAGUGUAUGUUUUUUUGUACCACCUCUUGCCCAACUACAAGAUUAGAGUCUGCUAGAAGAAAUCUUUCUGUGGUGCAAUCUGCUCUUUUUAAGGGAAGCCAGUUUUUAAAUCUGUCACAUCUGGAUUCAACCUAUGCAAUCUGAGUAUCUAUGUUCUGCAAUAGCUUAUCUUUUUCUUGUUGAAAUGAUGUCUUGUAAUGAUUUGGAGAAAUUCACUAAACCCCUAUGCACCUGUAAAAGAAAAAUAAAUUUGUAUUUUAAACAAA